AUGUCUUCCAAACAAAUGGUCUUGUACAAAUUGGUGGUACUUGGUGAUGGAGGUGUGGGUAAAACUGCUUUGACAAUUCAAUUAACAUUACAACAUUUCGUCGAGACUUACGAUCCUACCAUCGAAGAUUCAUAUCGAAAACAAGUCGCAAUAGACGGUCAAUCAUGCAUGUUGGAAGUCCUCGAUACUGCCGGCCAAGAAGAAUAUACUGCGUUAAGAGAUCAAUGGAUUCGUGAUGGUGAAGGUUUCAUUUUGGUUUACAGUAUAUCAUCGAGAUCAUCCUUUACGCGCAUUCAAAGAUUUCACAAUCAAAUUCAACGAGUAAAGGAAUCAUCAUCCUCCUCUCCCAUAUAUCCCGGUUCUCCCAUAUCACCUAUCUCGCCUUCGGAACCCGUACCGAUUAUGCUUGUGGGAAACAAAUGCGACAGGGUUACGGAACGUGAGGUAUCUACACAAGAAGGUCAUGCAUUGGCGCGAGAGUUGGGCUGCGAAUUCGUUGAAGCAUCAGCGAAGAAUUGUGUUAAUGUCGAAAAGGCAUUCUAUGAUGUAGUACGACAACUUCGCAGACAACGUCAGCAGAGAUCUUCAGCUUCGGGUACGGGAAAGAGUCCCCGUGCUAACACCAUGGACAAUGGAAUGGUUCGAGAUGAAUCCAGAAAAUAUCGCCCCAAGAAGAAGGGACCUUGUGUUAUUCUAUGA